UCUUACCAGUAGGCCUAUUGGACCAUUAUAUGCAAAUGCUGGCACAGUAUAUUAUCAUUUGUAGUUAUCCAUUUACAGAAGGCAGUCAUUUUGUUGUCAAACAUCACACCCUAUCUUGCUUGGAUAAGCAUUAUACUAGUUAUAGCUGUUUCGUUGUAGCUUGAUUUUAGAGAGAAAAUUCAACCAUGUCGCAAGAAAAGGAUGGCAAGAAGCCCUACCCCGUCCAGCAGGCUGCGUACCCCACACAGCAAGCAGCUUACCCACAGGGGGCGGCCUAUCCUGCCCAGCAGCCCUACAACCCUCAGAUAGCUCCAGUUAAUCAGCAGCACAUGUAUUCUGCCCCACCUCCAGGUGCUGGCGGAUAUGCUGGAGCCCCUCCCCCAUAUUCUGCAGCAGGAGCACCUCCCCCAGCAGCACAGGCUGGUUACCCACAAGCCCCUGUCUACUAUCAACCACCCCAACCACAGACGGUAGUAGUCAAUGGCGGAUAUGAUGCUGGUGCAAGAUUUAACUCAAGAAAUCCUCCUUCGAUUCCACCUCCUCCACCAGGUUGUGCCCCCAAUGCUGCCCAGAUGGCCUCCGGAACCGGGCAGAAUGUCGUCAUGGGUCAAAAACCAUCCAACUGGGUCACAGGAGGAUCAGAUGGGGGCUACACAUUGUGGUAAAUGUCAUGUAAUCAGCUCACUAUUGUCACCUAACGUUAUCACAGGAUGAUGGACUGCACUGAGUUAAUGCACAGGAAUAUGAUACGGAUAUGAUUUACAUGUACAUAUUUUAAAGCAUGGAUACAUUGUGUGAAUAUCUUUUUUAAAAGGGUACAUCUCUUAGAUUAACACUGGAGCCUUGUCUUAUGAAUCAUAAUAAUGUAAUAAGAAAUGUGUUAUGUUUAUGCAAAUCUACAUUUUUGUUGUAAUGGAUUGAUGAUUUGUAAGACAAGGCUAUGUUUCUUGUGCUUGAAUUCUGUAAAUAUUAUAUAUACAGUGUAUAAAUGAUUAUAACAACCGUAUCCUUAUUUUAUAUGUAUUUGCCUUCAAUACUUCUUUGAAAGACAUGUAAUAUGAGAUCAGCCUUUAUGUGAUUUGAUACAAUUCACUGGUUGAGAAUAGAAAAGUCUGCAUGUCAAAGUAGGUUUGUCAUAUUUGUAGAAUUAGAUAUUCUUAAGUCCAUGAAUUUUUCACACCAACAUAUUGAAACACAUUUUUGCUCGUACCAUAUUAAAUUCAACUAUAGAUGAUGUUUCUUUUUUAUACACCUUUGAAAUUUCUGCCUGUUGAUAAAUAUUUCUUUAAAAAACACCUACCAGGUAAUUACUUGCAUUUGUAGUUACAUGUAUUGAAUACUUGCUUUAGAGGAAUGUGUAUUCAUGGCUAUGUGGGCCAGUGGUGUGUUUACAAUACAAAAUGGACAACUUGUACUUUGGUCAUUCAAAUUCUGUGUAAACAUCAUCACAAUGGAAGUGCACUGAUGCAGAAAUAGCAGCGACAUGCAAGUACGCGCUAAUGGUAAUUGGAUGAUUGGAUAAAAGCUAUAUCCAUCUACCCGUACAUGUACAUGUACGUAUGCCUGCCUACAUAGCAGUGCUUAUGCAGUGCAUUGGACCUCGAUCAUAAUUCUUGAUUAAGAUAAUGGCUUUGAAACAUGUUGUCUGUUGUAAUAUCAGUCUACCGGGUAAUGCACCUGCAUGUAGAUUUUCAUACAGAUCCACUUGAGGUUAGCUUUUAUUGGUUUCUAAAAUAAAGAGGGGGGGGGGGGGACCCAGCUUUUUGAAUUGUUAAUUGCAUGUGAAAUAUUUCUUUGAAUUUCUUUACUCUUAAAAUAUCAUAAUGUAAAAUGUAAAGUAGACAACUCUUGAUGUGCAGAUUUUAAUUUCUUCUAUAUAGUACUACAUUGAUAUAUUGUAUUUCAAUUUCUAUAUUUCCCAUCCAUGGUAGAGGAUACUGUUUUGGGAGUGAUAUUUUUAUGCUUGAAAGAGUAUCAUCAGUUUAAAUACAAUGUGGGUUAAUCUCUUGCAUUUUGUACAUGUUUAUGUACUUUUUACAGUAUGAUUAAAUUACUAUCAUUUACCCUAUAUGUAUUUCACGCUGAUAUUUAUGUACAUUCCUGUUUUUGUGUCGGGCAAAAUAUUUUAUUUCUUCAGAUUGUGAAAUUUGAUACAAAACUACGUAGAAUUUAAUUUUUUUCUUCACUUUUUCACACGUUUUAACAGAAAAAGUAUAUUUUAAAUGUUUAUUUACAUGUAUUGUAUGUUUAUGUAAUGGUACAUGUACCUGUACUCUAUGUACAUUUGAUAAAAUUUAGAUAUUCUGUGAUGAUUAUUGCAUACUGUGCAUGAAACUACAUGUAUGAAGUACAAAUUAUUCAACUCCUUACCUGAUUGUGCUUUAAAUGGUCACCAGGUACCCAAUACUUUGAUGACAAAUUCUGAUUACAUGCUGCUGUGGUGUCUUACAAUGUAUGUGACAGACAGAUUAUGUCAGUUUGGCAUAUUGUCAAAGUGGCAGGAAAUUGAAUUUGCAGGAACCAUGAACCCUAACAAACUUUCAAAAUCUGGAUGCCUUAAACAACAAGAAAAAGAUAUUGCAAAACUCUGUGAAAUGUUUCACUACUUUUGAAAGGAGAGUUGUCUGUAUCUAUAAAAAGUUAUGAUCACAUUGGGUUUCCUAAUUAUUGAGACACACAUCUCGUUUGGACCGAAAAUCAGUCUAUUCAGUUGUACAAAUUUCUUGGCGGAGUGUCAAAAGAAAAAUUAUGUUAAAAAAAAACCUCCUCCAAACAUACAGAUUUUUCUGUCUAAAUUGAAAAAUACUUCUGUAUAUCCUUGAGUAAUCAUUUUCAGAUUACAAAAUUCAUCAUUGUAACAUUCACAAAUUUCAGGAAGUGAUGGAGAAGCCUAUUGUUAUUGGUUGAUUUUUUCAAAAUUCUUUGUGAUCAUUUUUAAAGAUGUUGUGCAUUCUCUAUUAUUAUGCUAUAUUUGACCUCAUUUUGUCAACCUUGCAGCAAGAUGCUUGUUGUGCAGUGAUUAUAUAAGCUAGUCAAUUAUUAAUGAGGGGAGCAUUUCCACCAAUGUCAAUUGGAGACAUGUAUUUAAACACUUGUUUGCAGCAUGCAUGAACUCAUUUAAGGAAAUGAGGUCACAGGUAUAAAUUUAACAGAUUAAGAGUAGUCACAAGAUUAAAAAUUCAUUAGGAACCUGAUGGGUGUUUUGGAUAGCGUAAGAGUCUACUGACAUUUGACAAAUCAAUCAACAACACAUAUUUUGGUUAUAUGAGGUUAGUUAGAGUGCAAUUUUUGAAAACUUUUUUAUAGAGCAAAAUAAAUGAACAAAAGGUGUCUUUCCUUAAUGGGUGCUUUUUGAUAAAUGUAAAAUAGAUUCAAACUUUUUCUGUUCACCUGGAUACAUAUUUAGCAUUUUGUCUAAAUGAUAUAUAUAUUGUACUAAUGUUUAACCAACAUGUAUUAAAGUGUACUAUACUACACAUGGCUGGUAUAUAGGGUGAAGCAUAUAAUACUUUAAAAUAGGGAAGAACAAUCACGGUUUCUUGUAAUUGUGUGAUAGUCUAAAUGUGAUGAAUAAUAAAUGGUUUUUUAUACACUAUGAA